CGAGGUGAUUCUGAGGACAGCUUUUGCCCCCCCCAUCCUUUCAUUUGAAUUUAUAUUUUAAUAAGACUGAAAGAAUCAGCUGCAGGAUAAAUGUUGAUGAUGGAGGACGACGAACUGGACGCUCAUCAGGUUGAUUCGGAUUUCGAGCCGCAGAGCCGGCCUCGCUCGUGCACCUGGCCGCUGCCUUGCCCGGAGGAUUUCCACGAGGUGAGCGGGGGUCUUCAGCUGGCCAGCAUCAAGGUGGAACCGGAGGACGUGCCGGCGUGCAGAGCCGGACUCGUGGGCGGAACGCCGGCGGAGCUGAAGCACCCAGCCGGCGCCCUGGCACCCACGGGCGCGACGCACCCAUCGUGCUUGGCCGGCGCGGCGCUCGAUGUGACCGGCUCCCUGCGCAAAGCCAAGUCCUCGCGGCGGAACGCGUGGGGGAACCAGUCCUACGCGGAUCUCAUUACCCGAGCCAUCGAGAGCACCCCGGAAAAGAGGCUCACCUUGUCACAGAUUUACGACUGGAUGGUCCGCUACGUGCCCUAUUUCAAGGAUAAGGGCGACAGUAACAGCUCAGCUGGCUGGAAGAAUUCCAUUCGGCACAACCUUUCUCUUCACACACGGUUUAUUCGGGUGCAGAAUGAGGGGACAGGGAAGAGUUCUUGGUGGAUGCUGAAUCCAGAUGGUGGAAAGAUGGGCAAGGCCCCUCGGCGACGGGCAGUCUCCAUGGACAACAGCACUAAAUACCUGAAAAGUAAAGGCAGGAUCAGAGGCAAGAGGGUGGGCCGUCCUGGGAUUGGAGCAGGAUCUGCUGUAGUGGGCCUCCAAAGCUCCCCAAACCAUAGUAGCCCAUCACAGAAAGCUCUCCCAGGAUCUGGAGGUUCAUCAGGAACAGAUGGAGAGUUUGAUGCUUGGACAGAUCUUCAUUCCAGGGCUAGUUCAUCAGCCUCCACAUUGAGUGGGCGCCUGUCUCCUAUUCUUGCUGAGGGGGAGCCAGAGGAGCCAGAGGAGGGUGGCUUGUCCUGUUCCACCUCCCCUCAUCUUUACCCAUCACCAACCAGUGCCCGCUCUCCAUCCAUGGGGGCAGGAAAUCAUUGUCCUCCCCUUGAGCAGCUGCCUCAGCUGGCUAACCUAACAGGCGCCAUAAGUUUGGAUGAGCAUAUGGUGGAAGAUGGUUAUCAUCUUCAUCGUCAACAGCAGCAGCACACAGCUGUGAGCAGACAUAAGCACCAAACUGCUGUGUAUCACUAUAGUUCUGGAAUGAAGGGACAGGGCUCCUAUGGUGCAAGUGUCUACAAUGUAACAGGCUUGGGCAUGCUACGUCACCAUUCACCAAUGCAGACUAUACAGGAGAAUAAGCCAGCCAAUUUCUCUGGAACCACACGGGCGUACUCCAGCACAAAUGCUCUUCAGAGUUUACUAACUAGUGGUUCUGCUUGUCAACAAUACUGUUCCAAAGACAUGAUUAUGGGACAGGAGAGGGAAGGUCAUCCCAUGAUUGGUCAAGCACGUAAUGGAGUAGGAUCCAACCAUCUCAACCACCAACCUGUCCACCACAAUGGACGUCAUAGCCAUACCAGAACUCACAAUCAUACUUCUAGUCAUAAUCAUACCAACGUAACCAACCACAACUCACCUCACAGCCUUGCUCACAAUGGUCACAGCCUCAGCAGGAGCCAUACCCACACACCACCAAGAGCUGCAUCUCUGACCCCACGUGGCAACGGCAAUCAGUUACAAACUUACAAUCACAAAGCUCCCUACUUGUAUAGCCCCCCAUCCCAUGCCCACCUCCCUGCUUCUACUACCCUUCCCCCAAAUCCUGCAGGUAUGCUUGACAUGCCCCAGGACUCAUGCCAUGUGGCUUCUACCCCACAUCCUCGUCACAAUCAUUAUCCAAACUCACAAAAUCAGGGCAUGACUAAUGGACUGUACCACCAUGGCCAGGGGAUGAGUAAUACUAGUGUUGGUAGUAACUACCAUGGCUAUCACCAGCCUCACCUUCAUGAGAGACUACCAGCCGAUCUUGACAUUGACAUGUUUCAUGGUAGCUUGGACUGUGAUGUGGAGUCUAUCCUCCUCAAUGACAUUAUGGACUCUGGGGAGGAGAUGGACUUUAACUUUGAUUGCUCCCUUGCCCAGGGUGUGGGCAUUGGCAUGGGUAUGGGAAUGGGUGUGACUAUGGGCAUGGGGAUGGGAAUGAGUGGGCUAGCUGGUCCACAACAAACCCACAGCAACCAGAGCUGGGUACCUGGAUAAACAAAAAAGCAAACAAGAAACAGUUCUCCCUACUUUCAAACAGGACAACCCUACUCAUGAAGCACUGUGCGC